CACCAGUUCAGCUAAUGAACAUCCCAUAUAUCGAGGGUCGCCAAGUAAACUAUGGUGUGAUUGCAGCGUUCACAGCGAGCAAUAUACAACGAUUCUUUUCAUUGGAAAUCAAAUUAAAGAAAUUGUCAAAAUGAAGUGGUUCGAAGGUGGAAUUCCGAGUGCCAUACAGACUGCCAAGAGCAACAACUCGGUCUUCAUUGUGUUUGUGACAGGAGAUGGAGAGAGCUCAGCCGAGAUGGAAUCUCGCCUAAACAGUGAGGAUGUCACUCAGCUGUGUGAGAGCAAAAACUGCGUGGCUGUCAAACUACAGGCAGACAGCAAUGACUGCAAGUUCUUCUCACAGAUUUAUCCCGUGGUGCUUAUUCCUUCCACAUUUUUCAUUGCCAACUCGGGUGUGCCCUUGGAGGUCAUUGGACAGGUCACCUCGCAAGAGGAUUUUCUGGCCAAGGUCAAGGCCGCCAUUGAGAUGCAAGACAAAAUGACGAGUGAGCAAGGGGCCACAGCAGCUCCUGCCUCACCACCUGCUCAACAGCAACAACAGCAGGCUGCAUCAUCCUCAGCAACGGAAACAGCAACAGCAGAGUCUGCUCCUGGAGCAUCGGCAGAUACAGAAGAAGUUGCUGGUGCGACAGCCGCCGACGACACGUCAGCCCCCGAGGAGAAGAAGCAGAAAGUAUCUGAGGAUCUGGGGACUCGUGUGGAAAGAGCUAAGCAGCUGGUGGACUUGAAACGAGAUGAGAAAAUGCAGAAAGAAGCAGAGGAAGCCAAAAAGAAGGAGUAUGAGCGGCGGGAGCUGGGCCAGGGUCUGCAGAAGCUGAAGGAGAAGCAGAAGGAGAUGGAGAUCCUGGAGGCUAAGAAGGAGCUGAAAAAAAGCCGAGAGGAGGACAAACUGGCGCGGCAGAAAGUGAAGGAGGAGAUUGCCCGGGACAGAGCGGAGAAAGCGGCUCGGUUUGGGAAGGAGAAGGAGGAGCGUGCUCAGGCUCAGGAGGAGGUCAGGAAGAGAAAGUUGGAGGAGCAAGCGGCACAGGCUGAGGAGCAGGCGAGACGGAGUGAGUUUGCUCGUAUUCAGUUCCGCAAGCCCGACGGGUCGUCUGUCAACCACCAGUUCACGGCUACGGAGACGUUUGCUUCAGUUCACCGCUUCAUCACCGAGCACAUGGGCUGCAACGUGUCGCUGUCCACCACGUUCCCUCGCCGGACGUUCACGCCCGCUGACCACAGCUCCACACUGCAGGAGCUUCAGCUGGCGCCGUCGGCAGCCAUCUUGGUCAUUCCUGGCAACAUGUCUACGCAAGGAGUCCGUGGGUCCGACGACAGCUCUCUCAGCAUCUCCAGCAUCACCGGCCUGCUGUUCGCUCCCUUUGUGUUUGUCUGGAACAUGAUCGCCUCCCUCCUGGGCCUGUCGGGACCCUCCGCCCCGCCGGCCCGGGCACAAGAGCCCAAGAGUGUGCCGGAGCCGUCUGCCACAGGAGGAGACAGGAGCCUGGGGAACACUAAUAGACGGUCAGCAGCUGCCGCUUCAAGUCGGCAAGAAGGAGCCAUCCACCGCUUCCACAACGCACAGGACGAUGAAGAUCCUGAUGACAAGAACACUUGGAAUGGAAACUCUACUCAGCAGAUGUGAUAAUUGUUAAUAAUAUAUCUUGUGGAGGUUUCGGGUGGGGGAGGGAGAGAAGAACAAGAAUAGAGGAGAGGUGGGGGGGGGGGGGGGAGUAACCCGAAAAGG